UAGGCUGGUGUAGCCCUUUUCCUGGGUGGUGGUAGCUUGCUAACUUCGAAGCUCUUCUGUCGGACCUUGAAGGGGGGUUUCUCUUGCCCGUGUUUAAUGAUAACGCUCGCAGCAGUUGCCGCCGUAGUGGUAUAGGCUCCCCACUUUUAGUUGUAGUAUCAGACCGGACCACGUUAGGGCUGGACUCAACCUCAAACUGACGUACCACCUUGUAGUGUGUGUGUGCGUGCGUGCGUGUGUGAGUGAGAGAGAGUGUGUGUGUGUGCGGCGAUGCGGAGGGAGCGGGGAUUCUGAUGGUGAAAGGGGAUUUUUAUAAUAGAGACUAAAAACCUUCUUCUAGCUGAGCUGUAAGCUGGAUAAGAGAUAGACUGCUACUAGUCCUAGAGGUAUUGCUGUCCACGGAGGGGGGAAGUUAAGACCUAUAGGCCUAUAUAUAUAAAAGACUUUACAGAGGCUUCAAGAUUGCUUAAGUGGUAUUAUAUUCUUACGAGCAAAAAAGAAGAGGUGAUACAGUCGAGCGGUGUUCUCAACCCGUUAAUCACGGCUAUCAAGACGCGUGUGUGUGGACUUAAAACUGAUAAUACAGUGAUGUGGUGUUGAGCGCCAAACAAGAACAGUGGCACAUACACAAAGAUACGGAAUUUUUGUUCGUGAUAUCUUUUUGUUCUUGAUCUUGACAACGAAGGUAGAACACACAGAAGGAACUGAAACCGGAUUAAGAAUAAAUAGUGUAAUCAGUUUAAAAAUAUAUAUAUAUGUAUGUAAGUGCAAUAAUCUGAAGAGAACGGAUGCGGUGUUUAUAGCCUGAACUUACCAAGUGAUCUCCGUGUGCAAGUGUUGAUGUGUUACAGGCACGAAAGUUGCCACCACUUGACUUGUUAAACAUCACUUCCAGUGUUUGAAAUCAACCUCUAAAUCAUUUGUCACACUCUUCAGGUCUAAGUGAAGAUUACUUAACAAAUUUUAAACACUUUCCUAUAAAAUUGAACAUAAAAUUGUUUGAAAAGUUCUUAUGGUUUAACAACGCCCAGAGACAUAGACAUACGUCAGAAAACUUCUCACCAACACAGCCACACCAGAAGAGGACCCGACAGCACCGCGCGGAUCUGCAGACCGCAUAACUACGAGUCAUGUGCUGCACGAGUGCAAGUCCAUAGGCCGGGUGUGCGAACUCUCUCAGAUGAUGGAAAGGAUGGAAUCCUUAACGGACACGGGGCUGUGUCUUCAGGACCUUGUGUCCGGUGUGGCCACCUCGUCCUCUGCGACAAGUGGCAGCAGUGAAUCAUCAGCAGCGCACAAUCACCACCAACACACGAAUCAUCAUCAUCACCACGCGGCAGGUCACGAGGCUGUCGUGCCCGUCAGCGCUGUUUCGGUGUCCUCGGCAGCUGCAGGCAUCAUGUCGGCGGGAAGCGCCGUGCUGGGCCUCAACCACCACCAUCAUGUGUCCGCCGCGGUGCAUGACAGCGUCAGCCACCACCACGUCCCGUGUGCACCCACGGUGCUGCACCACGAGCCGCUGGAGAAGCUGAAGCGGGUGUGGGCGGAGACCGGGGACUUCCGCGACAAUGCCCACACCAUGGCCGUCGCCGCUAUGGAUCACACGCAGCUCACAUUCCCCGCCAGGAGUAGAACUCGGGACAGGAAAGGAGGACGCGUGCUGGCAGUGGAGCCCAUCGUGGGCGGUACCGUGAAGACAGAAGCCGGUGGUGAUUCUGCUGACAACGGAGGAGGUGACGACAGUAAGAAUGACAAGAAGAACAAGCGACAACGACGGCAGAGGACGCACUUCACGUCACAACAGCUGCAGGAGCUGGAGGCUACAUUCGCGAGGAACCGUUACCCAGACAUGAGCACACGCGAGGAGAUCGCCAUGUGGACAAACCUCACGGAGGCGAGAGUCAGGGUGUGGUUCAAGAACAGACGCGCCAAGUGGAGGAAGCGUGAACGCAACGCUAUGAACGCUGCCGCGGCAGCCGCGGCCGAUUUCAAGAACGGCUUCGGCACUCAGUUCAACGGUCUGAUGCAGCCCUUUACUGAUACAGACUCCUUGUAUUCACCUUACCCUUACAAUAACUGGGCAUCUAAAGUACCCAGCCCCCUUGGCACCAAAAGCUUCCCCUGGUCAGUAAACCCACUCAGCUCCGUGGUACCCUCUAACCAUCAAAGUUCCGUCAACUGCUUCAACGCGGCUGCCACCUCAGUGGCCGCUGCGGCGUCAAUGACUUCGGGAACCGGUUCGAUGCUUCCGGGCUCGAUGACAACGAGUCUGAGCGGAGUGACGACGCCAACUGGAGGAGUGUCAGGUCCCGCGUGUCCCUAUGCACCGCCCGCCACUCCGUACAGCAUGUACCACCACCGCAGCAGCGAGCCCUGUAGUGCAAUGUCAUCAAUAGGUGCAUCCAGUAUCGCCAGCCUUCGUCUGAAGGCAAAGCAACAUUCUUCGAGUUUCGUCAGUACGUAUUCUCCAGUGAGUCCCGCAGCCACCAGGUCCAACUCGACGGGCCUGUCCGCUUGCCAGUACGCCACAGUGGACAGGACGUCUGUCUGAAACGAGGAUCUGCACUAUGUCGGCCUCAGUGGUAACCUCAAACAGUCUUUUCUGUCGACUAGCGAUCUGCUUCUGGACUGUGGUGCCACUGCGACCGGUAUGGUGAACCAUCGGACUAUGCCCAACAGCAACAGUAGCAGCAACAGCAACAACAACAGAGAGGAAGACGAAGAGGAGGACAAGUCUCGUAGAGAUCAGCAUCACCACACUUCUUCUCUGAGUCCUGACCAGCAACCGCAGCAUCACGGUACUUUGACACACGCGCGAGAGUAGCACGCAGGGCCGCAGUGUUCGGUAUAGAGGCAAUUCACUGAAGCUAGUCAAGAAAAUAGACUAAACCAAAGAAUACAAACUUUUGUAUGUGAAUAUUAUACUCGGUAAUAUACUACUUAGUUGGCUCAAAACACUACAAAGCAAUUCGUAGAAGAGGCAUAACUACAAAUAACUAGGGCUGUAAAAUUAUUAUGAGGUAUCGUGUAUCCUACCUAACAUAUAUUAUAAAAGUACAAAAUUGUUGCGAAAAUGGUGACCGGGCCCCGUUGCAACAAACUGAACCAAAGAUAUAUCAUAAAUUUCAAAUGGAGCAGAUAAGCUUCAGGAAAUGAAGAAAAGAGACAAUAGUUUUCUGUAUUUCUAUUAUAAAAUCACUUCCAUUAUGGACAUGUCACUUUACUCUUCGAAGAAAGUGCCAGUCGUGACGGUGUCAAUAUGGCAGCCCAGAGCCGGGUUUCGCUGUACACGUGCGGAUACCGGAAGACUGACUGAACUUCUGAGUAAACCAUAAAGAAACAAUGCACUUGUGAAGAACACCACAGGUGAGGAUAUUUUAUGAGACACAGCAAUAGUUACCACUAAUACAAAGAGAAAAAUUAACGAUUUCGAUCUUAACUGUUUCGACUUGGUGUGCUCCUUAUAAAAAGUAAUAUCCGUAUGGGUGUGUGAAGUGUGCCGGAAAUGCGACUGUUUGUGUAUGUGUGUGUCUGUGUGUGUUCACAUAUUUCCGUUAUUAAUAUUGAUUAUAAGUGUUGUACAAGAAAGUGGAAAUGAACAAUUGACUUUCAUUUACAAAGAAAAUCUCCAUGCAAAAAAAGAUGGUUGUUCUUAUGAUGAAUGUUUCGUACCUGCAUGCACACAUUAAUCGGCAAAGUUGUUUCUGGUCCUGUGCAAUUCUCAUUCGUUCCAGUCUACACACCGAGUUUCUACUCGUAUACGCAGAAAUCUUUUUCUUCGCCGUGUUUGAGGGGUCAUGCAUUAAAGCACGUUGGUUCAGAAUCGCUUCUCGGAAUUUACACGUAUUUAGUGACAUGCUAUGUAAAAAGAAUUCGUCCCUUUCCCAGCCACUGCGUGUCGUUGAUGCUCGUGAAACUGUUGAACCAUCCACUUCUAGUUCGUAUUUCUGUAGCAUAAAUAGGUUUCUGCAAAUUGGGAAGCACAGCAAAUAACACAAAAAUGUAGAUUCUUUGGAAUAGACUCGCAAGAUUAAUGGGUGAGCUAGUCUAUUGAUCCUAUGGAUACUGACAACCACAUUGCUUUCUAUGCCGUUUUGUACACAGUAUGAAACUUUGAUUUCCAUAGAAGCUGGAGAAUUUCUCAGUUGCUUGGUUAAGUCCUAUCGAAUUCUCAAGAACGUCUGUCUAAUCCUCGGGGUAGGCAGAGGUUUGUGCAGGGGAGAUGUAGCACGGGAAUAUUACAAGCAGCAGUAUUUCCGACUGGGAUACAACAAGCUGGAAAGUACUUUCUUAAAACUCAAUGUCGGGUGAAGGUAAAAAAGAAAAGGAAAUUUGUCCCAGCGUUUAACAAAUUAAGCACUACGCCACGAAGGCUUAUGUGGAGUGGA